CGAUUCCCUAUAUAAAGGGUGGUUUUCUUCGUAUACGACAGAAACCGAUUUAAUUUAGCAAACGAGACUUGGUACACAGUCGAUCAACAUGAAGGCUUUGAUUUGCUUGAUGCUGAUUUCCGUGGCAUAUGCCAGUGAGAAAGCAGAAGAAAAUGUAGAAGAAAAGGCAAUUAAAAAACGUGGACUAUUGGGUCUUGGAUUGGGAUAUGGAGGAGGUUAUGGGGGUGGUUAUGGAGGUGGUUAUGGGGGUGGUCAUGGUUACGAAGCUGGUGCCUCCGUUGCAAUUGCUACUGUUCCGGUAGAAGUACCAAAGCCAUAUCCAGUUGCUGUUGACAGACCCUACCCAGUGAAGGUGCCAGUUCCUGUCCCGCAACCAGUGCCAGUUGCUGUUCCUGUUGACAGACCUUACCCAGUUGUUCAGACCAAGACCGUGACGGUUCCAGUUGACAGGCCUUAUCCUGUCUCUGUCCCUGUUAAGGUACCAGUACCUGUACCUGCACCUUAUCCAGUCAAGGUACCAGUGGCUCAGCCAGUACCAGUCCCAGUAGCUCAGCCAGUUCCAGUCGCGGUUCCACAACCUGUCGUCGUCAAAGAAACGGUCCCCGUUCUUCUUAAGGGCGGUUAUGUCCACCGUCGCCAGCACCACCACCACCACCACCAUCACUGUGACCAUCAACGUCUUUCGCUUUUUCGAGGGUUCGUCAGUUUCACGUAUAAAAGCGAGAAUCUUCUCGGUCGAAUUCAUCAGUCGAAAAUAAAUCGAACCAACCGAAUACGAAUUCUCAACAUGAACGCAAAGAUGUUUAUACUUUUCGCCCUCGUGGCAUUGGCUGUUGCCGAAAAGACGUCAACGAAAGGGACGAAGAAAGAUAAACGGGGACUCGUCGGAUAUAGUUUAGGAUACGGCGGACUCAACACGUACUCGGCUGCUCAUUACCCUACGGUCGGCAUCAGUUCGUAUUCUGCUCAAUACCCAUCGAUUGACAUCACCCAUGGGGUCUCUACUGUCGUUACAAAAGAAGUUCCAGUCCCAGUACCUCAUCCGGUUCCUGUAACCGUUGAGAAACAUGUCCCAAUUCCAGUCAAGGUGCCGUAUGCAGUACCAGUAGACAGACCAUACCCGGUACAAGUACCGAAACCUUAUCCGGUUGAAGUAACGAAACAUGUUCCUGUCCCAGUUGACCGUCCUGUUCCAGUUCCAGUAAGCGUCCCGGUCAAGGUUCCAGUGCCAGCCCCAUACGUAGUGAAGGUAGCUCAACCUUAUGGAGUCUACGUUUCCUCUGACCUUUCUUAUGGUGGUCAAUCUUCUUGGUAAAUGGCUGACGACGACAACAAGAACCUUCAGAAAACAGAAAACAUUUGUUCACGAAUGUUAUUCUGUCCUCGAAAAAAAAAUCAUAAUGGUACUCCAAAGAUGGAUAUACUUUAAAGGAUAAAAAAGAAGAAAAAAAAAACAG